GGUGGGGAUAAAAUUCGUUGAAGUUACUGGGUCAGGAUUUCUAAUUGGGCCGAAUUGGGGCUCCGUUAAGAAUUGCUAACUUUCUCUUACCCAUAAUCCCCUACCUCUCUUUGACUAGGGUUUUAGAACCUGUAAAUUUGCAAUUUGCUGGUUUCCAAAGGGCUUGUAGGUCCGUACAACAACAGUUAGUAAAACCAUGAGGAAGCUAAGUUUCCAUGAGAAAAAGCUACUGAAGAAAGUCAACUUCUUGGAAUGGAAGAGCGAAGGAGGUCACAGGGAAUCCCAGGUUAUGCAGCGCUACCAUGUUACUGGUCGUGACGAUUAUAAGAAAUAUUCGGGUUUGUGUCGAAUGGUGCAUAAGUUGGUAAACAUAUUGAUGAAGAUGGAUGGAAAAGACCCUUUUCGUAUUCAGAUGACUGAUAUGCUCUUGGAGAAGAUGUACAACAUUGGUGUGAUACCAUCAAGGCAAAGCUUGGCUUUGUGUGAGCGCUUAACAGUCUCUGCUUUUUGCAGACGCAGGCUUUCGACUAUUCUGGUGCGGUUGAAGUUUGCAGAGCACUUGAAGGAGGCUGUCACAUACAUCGAGCAGGGGCAUAUACGAGUUGGUCCAGACACUAUCACUGAUCCAGCAUUCCUUGUGACAAGGAACAUGGAAGACUUCAUUACAUGGGUGGAUUCAUCUAAGAUAAAGAGGAAGGUGCUAGAAUACAAUGACAAGUUGGAUGACUAUGAUGCAAUGAACUGAAGAUAGUGCCUGGCUACAUAUAGCUUGUCAUAAAAUGACAUGAGGAGCCAUAUUAGGCUUAGAAACCCCAUUUAGCUUCACGGGGAAAGGAGUUUUGAAGAAGCAACCGAAACUUCUCAAUCACCAAGUUCAUUUGCUUUCCCUUCUCUAUAACAUGGUUUUGGGGACGUUACUAAAGUGAUGUUAUCAUAUUGUUCUGCAGUUUUUUUUUUCUUUGUGCAUGUAAGUUUUUGACUCGUGCUGGAUACUCUUAUUAAGCUGAAAUUCUUUUAUAUAUCUGUAAUCAUCGAGGUUUUCAAAGAGUCUAUUUCAAGAGAAAUGAGUUCCGAAUA